AUGUCACAAAUUAAUUAUGCUAAAGAAUUUGAUGAAAUUGAAUAUGAUGAAUUAAUGACUAGUAAUGUUGACUCUACAGAAUUAGUAGCAGAUUUAGUAAAAGAACAGAAUUAUGAAAAUAGUAAAGAUGUUAGUGAUAGUUUAAAUAGUGAGGAUAAAAUAGAUGAAGAAGUUAGUAAAAAUUUAAAUAAUACGGAGAGUGAAGUGGAAAUUUUACCUAUAGCACUUCUUGUGGAUGAUUUCGUGCCCGAAGCAUUGCUUGAUAUUAAAUACGGUGAAAAGAAUGUAGAAGUUGGCAACAAAUUUACAAUUAAAGAAACUGAAAAUGCUCCUGAUGUUAAAUUUGUUCUUGGAGAUUCUGAUUCUAAUAAAAAAUUUACAUUGUUGAUGGUCGAUCCUGACGCUCCAAGUCGCGAUAACCCAAUUAAAGGAGAAUGGCGUCAUUGGGUCGUUGGAAAUAUCCCAUCUGAUGGAAGGUUGACAGAUGCAACAAUAGUUGAUAGUUACCAAGGACCAUCUCCACCACCAGGAACUAAUGAACAUCGAUAUGUGUUUUUAUUAUACGAACAGCAAGUUCCAUGUAUCGAAUUUCAAUUACUUGAUGGAACAAAGAGAGCUAAUUUCAAAGCUCGCCAAUUUGCCAAACAAUACGAAUUAAAACUUAUUUCUGCGAACUAUUUUAAAUGCAAAUUUAAUUAA